AUGGCCGAAUCGACCAGGUCUACAGUCGAAGAAGAUAUCUGGGACUUUCUGGACACCGAGGACACAUCUGAGGUCCAUUCAACUUCUAAAAUCAUUGAGCACAGUGCUCUGUCAUUCCUCGAUGGCACCAGCGCUUCAGAGUUCCAGGGAGACCUCGAGGUUGACCUUGAUGGGCAAUUUUCCGUUGUCCAACAGCAUGACGAUACGAACCAGGACGCAACCUCGCACCAUAUGCUCGAGUUAGAGAACAUGCUUCUUGGAUCAAUCGGGUUAGGGGUCUUGCCACACUCUUGGAAGCUGCUUGCAGCCCCUGAAAAGGCCCAUGCCAGCCAACAGGAACUUACAACUGGUCCAGAUUUUCCAGAUCUCAGUUCAGACUUGCAAAAUCGCCUAGUGGAAAUCUACUUCCAGAACUUCCACCCACUAUGUCCAGUUGUAGAUGAGAUCGAAUUCUCCAGUUGGUAUGGCUCCGACCAACUUGACGGCCAUGGAGCGAGAGAACUCCUUGGUGCAAUGAUUUUUGUGGCUUUUGCUCAUGUGAGUGACGAGGAGCUUGGACUGAGUUCUUUCACAUCGAUACCUGAAGCGCAGAGAGCCUGCUUCCGCACCAUCAAAUACAGGUUUGACAAAAGUUCUCAAAGUCGCCCUGGCGAUAUAAGUCUGGUUCAGAUUGCAUUGCUCCUGAGUCAUUGGAGUCCCUUUGAUGAUUCCAAAGAAGUCAGUACCUACUGGGUUGACCAGGCUUUCCAUCAUGCCACAAUAGCAAAUCUUUCCGAGGGCCUCAAGCAAUACAGCCGUGUCAUCUGGUGGUGCUGUGUCGCACGGACUCGGGCUCUCGCCCUCGGUCUUCGUCGCCCAGAUAAGGUCAAAUCUUUCGAGGCGGGGCGCAUGAUUCAAUCCGAAGACUUUGGGUCUAUAGCUUUCCUUGCCAGAGCUGGCCGCAUGGAAAGGAAGAUCUUCGAGAUUGAAGCUUUUAUCGCUCUCUGCAAGUUAUCAGACUUGAUGAACCGCAUUCUGAUUCUUCGAAAUCGUUCGGGAAAGCCUUCAGACUGGAGAGCAGAAAACACCUGGCCAUCCAUGUGUAAAGAUGAUCUGAAUUACGUGGUCCGCGUCGACAAGGAUCUCGGGAAUUGGAAGAGUUUACACCGAGGUUUAUUUGAAAAAAGGGCGCUGACGAGGUCACAGCUUUUGACGCUCCAGAUAUUGCGAAUUAUUCAUUUAUCAACGUUGAUGUCACUCUAUGAGCCAUACAUGAAAUAUCUCAUUCAACAGAGGUCUCCAGCCUUCCUCUUGUACAAAGCAUCUGUAGAAAGAGUCAAAGAAACUUCUUUCGCCAUCGGUGAAGCUGUCCAGAGCUUGUGGGAGGUUGCCAGAGUCGAGGACCUGCCCGCCUGGUUGUAA